UCUAAAAGCACUCUGUGUGGGGAACAUGAGAGCCAGACCAAAGCUCAGAGGAACCCACCUGGACCUCCACCCAGCUCUGUGUACUGUAAGAGUGACGCGCCUGGAGGUUUAAAGAGGUCUAAAGAUGCCAUCAUUUAUUUUAAAUCCCAGCCUGUGUCUGCUGCAGAGAGGAUCAAUGGGAGACCUGCUGGACCUGAACCUGAACCCAGCUGUGUGUCCUUAAAGAGUGACCGGUCUGCAGAUCGCUACAUUGAUUUUAAAGUCCAGCCUGUGUCUGCUGCAGAGAGACUGACUGAAGUCCACAAGAAGAUGAUGAUGGAGGAAGAGGAGGACAGAGCAGAGUCUGCAGGGUCCAGCUGUCCGUCUGUGAGGAGUGACCGGUCCAAAGAUCGACCUCCACACUUCAGUGGUGAACCUGGACCAACGAGACAGUGCAUCUGCUCAUACUGGGACCAGUCUGCUUCAUCAGGAGACUCCUCCUGUCCCCAUUGUGGAGAAAGAUCCAGAACCAGAGCUGGACUGCAGACGGCCAGUCAGAGCAGCUGUGUACAAACAGAUGUUGGUCUGCAGGAGGUUUUAGAUGAACAUAAGAUCAGUCUGAGGAGGAGAUGUGAACGUGUGACUGAAGGAAGUGAUGAAACAGGAAGUAGAACCCUCCUCAACACCAUCUACACUGAGCUCUACAUCACAGAGGGACAGAGUGAAGAGGUUCGUACCCAACAUGAGGUGAGGCAGCUGGAGACAGCUUCCAAGAUGGACGCCCUCCAUGGCGCUCCAAUCAGGUGCCAGGACAUCUUUAAAGCCUUACCUGACCAACAGAGACCCAUCAGAGUGGUUCUGACCAACGGCGUGGCUGGUGUUGGAAAAACCUUCUCAGUGCAGAAGUUCACUCUGGACUGGGCAGAGGGCUUGGAGAACCAACAUGUCAGUGUGGUGGUUCUGCUUUCAUUCAGGGAGCUGAACCUGAUCAGAGAUGAGCAGUACAGUCUUCUGGAGCUGAUCCAUGUUUUCCAUCCAACAUUACAGAAGGUCACAGCAGAGAAGCUGGCUGUCUCUCAGCUUUUGUUCAUCUUUGACGGCCUGGAUGAAAGCAGACUUUCAUUGGAUUUCACCAACAGGAAGCUGCUGUCUGAUGUCACACAGAAGUCAUCAGUCAGCCAGCUGCUGACAAACCUCAUCCAGGGGAAUCUGCUUCCCUCGACUCUCGUCUGGAUAACUUCCCGACCUGCAGCAGCCAAUCAGAUCCCUCCUACAUGUGUUGACAGGCUAACAGAAGUACGAGGCUUCACUGACGCCCAGAAGGAGGAGUACUUCAGGAGGAGAUUCAGUGAUGAAGAGCUGUCCAGCAGAAUCAUCUCCCACAUGAAGACAUCCAGGAGCCUCCACAUCAUGUGUAGUAUCCCAGUCUUCUGCUGGAUCACUGCUACAGUUCUGGAGCACAUGUUGACUACAGAGCAGAGAGGAGAGCUGCCCAAGACCCUGACUGACAUGUACUCACACUUCCUGCUGGUUCAGACAAAGAGGAAGAAGAACAAGUACCAUGAGGGACAUGAGACGAGUCCACAGGAGCUGACGGAGGCUGACAGGGAAGUUCUUCUGAAGCUGGGGAGGCUGGCGUUUGAACAUCUGGAGAAAGGCAACAUCAUGUUCUACCAAGAAGACCUGGAGCAGUGUGGUCUGGAUGUGACAGAGGCCUCGGUGUACUCAGGAGUUUGUACAGAGAUCUUCAAAAGAGAGUGUGUGAUCUUCCAGAAACCAGUCUACUGCUUUGUUCAUCUGAGCAUUCAGGAGUUUCUGGCUGCUGUCUACAUGUUCCACUGUUAUACCAACAGGAACACAGAGGUGCUGGAAGACUUCUCCUCUGUGGAUGAGUUUCUAAAGAGAGCCACGGAGAAAUCCCUCCAGAGUAAAAAUGGUCACCUGGACCUGUUUGUUCGCUUCCUUUAUGGCCUCUGUCUGGAGUCCAACCAGAGACUCUUAGGAGGUCUGCUGGGUCAGACAGAGAUCAGUACAGAAACCAUCCAGAGAAUCAUCAACAACCUGAAGAAGAUCAACAAUGAUGAAAUCUCUCCUGACAGAAGCAUCAACAUUUUCCACUGUCUGAUGGAGAUGAACGACCUCUCAGUACAUCAGGAGAUCCAAGAGUUCCUGAAGUCAGAGAACAGAUCAAAGUUACUCUAUAUGAUCCACUGCUCUGCUCUGGCCUUCAUGCUGCAGAUGUCAGAGGAGGUUCUGGAUGAGUUGGACCUGCAGAAGUACAACACAUCAGAGCGGGGACGACAGAGACUGAUUCCAGCUGUGAGGAACUGCAGAAAGGCUCGAAUGAGUAUCUGCAACCUUUCAGAGAGAAGCUGUGAAGCUCUGUCCUCAGUUCUAGGCUCCCAGUCUUCUUAUCUGAGAGAGCUGGACCUAAGUAACAGUGAUCUCCAGGAUUCAGGAGUGAAGCUUCUAUCUGCUGGACUGGAAAGUCCACACUGUACACUGGAAACUCUCAGUCUGUCAGGCUGUCUGAUCACAGAGAAAGGCUGUAUUUCUCUGGCCUCAGCACUGAGCUCCAACCCCUCCCAUCUGAGAGAGCUGGACCUGAGCUACAAUUAUCCACGAGGCUCAGGAUUGAAGCUGCUGUUGGCUGGACUGAAGGAUCCAAGUUGGAGACUGGACACUCUCAGGGUGGAGCCUUCUGGAGUCCAAUGGUUGAGACCAGGCCUGAGGAAGUAUUCCUGUCAACUCACAAUCGACACAAACACAGUUCACACAAAGCUCAAACUGUCUGACAACAACAGGACGGUGGCACGUGUGAUCGAGGUUCAGUCAUAUCCUUAUCAUCCAGACAGAUUUGAUUAUGAACCUCAACUGCUGUGCAGAAAUGGUCUGACUGGUCGCUGUUACUGGGAGGUCGAGUGGAGAGGAGAGGUCCAAAUAUCAGUGAGUUACAGAAGAAUCAGAAGGAAAGGAAACAGUGAUGACUGUGUGUUUGGAUACAACGAGAAGUCCUGGAGUCUGUACUGCACUGAUGAUGGUCCUCGUUCUGUGUGGCACAAUAACAAAAACACGCCUAUUUCCUCCAUCUCCUCCUCCUCCUCUUCCUCCUCCUCAUCUGUCUCUAACAGAGUAGCAGUGUAUGUGGAUCAUCCUGCUGGCACUCUGUCCUUCUACAGAGUCUCCUCUGACACUCUGAUCCACCUCCACACCUUCAACACCACAUUCACUCUAAAACUUCAUCCUGGGUUUUUUAUCUGGUCUCGUUCAUCAGUGUAUCUGUGCUGAGUUGAGUGUAAAGAGUAUCCUCCUGUUAGAGAAACAUUGACUGUUGAACAGAGUUCAGUCUGUACAUGUCUGUCUCUUUCAGUCAGAAAUAUAUUUUCAGAUUCAUGGAUUCAAUCAGUUGAUGUUUUAAACCGUUCUAAAUGAUUCCUUGUAAAGCUCUUCCUCUUCAGUCCUUUAAAGAUGGAAGCUCCCAUUAUUACAGAAUCCACAUGUUGUUUUUCUGUCUUGUUUGAUUUCUCUUUCUCAAUGGGAUGUUUUCAAACUCUGCACAUGCUCUUACUGUUUCACUCAUUGUUUGAAGCUCAUAUUUUGAAAAUGUUUCAGCCAUAUAAGCUGAAAAUAUUGGCGCAAUAGUUUUGAAUGCAGUUCUAAGCAGAAUCUGAUUGUAUUGAGAUAUCAUAAUGCAUGCGACUAUAUACAUAGCAAAGGCUGCAUUAAACAUUUUAAACUUGCAUUGUGUUUUCAGAGACAUUUUGAAUAAGAAUAUGGUGUAGUAUGGUGGUAACUGUUUCUAAUUUUCCUAGAAAUAUCUAAAUACAUAUUGUGUAUCACUUCAGCUUUUAUAAAAAUUAAACUAUCACAAAGGGUCCUGAUGAAGAAUCUUGUGGAAUUUGGUGACAGACAUGAAAUUUAUUUUUAAUAUAGAAAUAUUAGAAUCACUGUCAUAAUUUCAACUUCACAUUUAAUAAAACGUUGUGUGAAAAACA